AUGGCGAUCUUCAAGCGGCGCGUGUGGUGUAUCCAACACAGAUCCCGUUCCAGCCAAUCAGCGCAUUCUGCCAAAAUAGAGCCCGCCAACGUGUUCGACCCGCUCGCGGUGCUGGAGGCCGAGUACGCGGCCGUGCUCGCGCAGAGCCGACCACCAGCUCCACCCACCGAGGCGUCUCAGCACCAGGCAGGUGACGCUGAAUCCGCCGGCAGCGAUAGCGACGAGGAGGAAAGCGCGGCGGUCGGAGGCUUCGAGGGGUACGCGCCGCUCCCGUCGUCCCCUUGCCACAGCGACAGCGACGCCGAGAGCCCCGAGAGGUCCCCAGACUACGAGGAGGACAAUGCACAGAACGAAGAGGACGCUGGACAAGCUGAGACAGCGGCAAAGGCCCAGGAGGACGCAGCGCUGCAGGAGGACAAGCGGCUGGCCAUCAUCCAGAGCAUGCAGCAGGUGAAGCUGCGUCCGCCACCGUGGGCAGAGGCCGCGAACCUGACGGACGACGAGUUGGUCAACCUGGUGCAGAAACAGCUUGGGCUGACGAACAGCCCGGCAAAGUAA